AUGGAGGUCGUCAACAAUGUCUUCCACCGCUUCCUCCUCCUUCUCGCCCUCUCCUCUCUCUUCUCCUCCCCCGGCAUUGCCAUUUGCGUUCCCCGAAACACCUCCCUCUUUCAAUUCUCUACUCUUCCACUUCCUACACCAAGCACCCCGCCGGUUUACAUUUCGCAGUCGAUAUCUCGAAAACGAACGCCGAAGUCCGAGGGGAAAUCGAGUUCGAAAUCGGCGUCGUCGUCGAGGGAGCCGACCGAAUUGGUGCAGAUCUGCGAUGUGACGAGCAAUCCAAAGCUGUGUGAAUCCUCGAUUUCAUCUAGCAUCCAUGAAUCAACGGUGAAUCCUGUUUCAGCACUGAAAACGGAAAUUCAGCUAUCGAUUAAAGAGGUGGAGAACGCAAUUGCGGUAUUGAAAAAACUGUACAAAGAAUCUGGUUCAACGAAAGCGGAAGACGCGUGCUACGAUACUUGCCUGGAGAAUUUCGAUAUGGCGAUUGAUGAUCUACGGACCGCAACGGAAGCGAUCGACGUGAAUGACGUUGGUAGAAUGCAGAGCGCACUGACGGCCGUAUUGACGGAUCUGGUGACUUGCGAUGAUACUUUUGUGGAGAUGGGAGUGGAUUCUCCAUUGGACUAUCUUAGUAUCAAAAUGAGUAAGUACGCCAGUAACUGCUUGGCCAUUUCCAAAUUGCUUCUGUGA